AUGGCGCAGCUCCCUGUUGAGCAAAUCUCUCCCUCUGUUGUCCUCCACAACCCCAAUUUUUUCCUGGCCCCCCGCAAGUAUUCCCCUAGCGACAUGUCGGACGAGCUACUGGGUGUGCAGACGCACUGCUGGAGCGACGAGAAGAUUCUCGUUUCUCCUCUUGAUCCAUCGCCCACUCACGAUGCCGACGAAUUCCCUCCCCCGAGGGACAGCAUGCGCAAGUCCUCCAUGUCUUUCAUCGACACCGUUCUUCGCCGGCGAAAGACGGGGAGUAGUGAUUAUUCGCAACACCUGCGUCCCUUACCGGACCACGAGCUGAACCAGCGAAAAACCCCGAGUCGUCAGUCUUCGAUGCAAUUCAUCCCGCAGAUCGUUCCGGACUUCGAAUUGAACCGGGAAGACCCUCGGUAUCUCCGAUCGACCACGGUGUCGGUGGCACUGCGGCCAUCCAACGAGGCGGUCGAAUACUACACCCCCACUUCGCCGGUCGCGCCCGACAGGAAACCGUACGCAUCGGGACAGGAAUAUGCCCUGGAGAAUAUGCGGGCCACUUACAUCCAAGAGAUCCAAGACCGCGACGCGCGAAUUGCACAUCUGGAAAACCAGCUGGCCGAUAUGGUCGCCCAGAUUACCGAGAUCAGCCAGGAUCGGAAACGACUACAGUCCCAGCUGCGGAACACCCAGAACACCCAGAACGGACCCCGUCGCUCUGUCAAGACCGUCCCCUGGGCUUCCAAAUCGACGGCCCGCGUGCGCGAGGAGCUGUCCAUCCUGGAGAAGCGCAUGCGAUCGUGGGCCGUCAAGUAUACGGUCAGCGACCCCCGCGAUCUCGAGCAGGUGACGGCCGAGGAAAAGAACAGUGUUCUGAAGGAACUGGAUGGGUUCUGUAUUGAACGAGAUUGGGACCGGUUGAUGCGCACGAUGCCCAUCGUGCUGCAUCGGAUUCCGGCCCUGCUCACUCAGGCCAUGUUGUCCCGGGCCAUUUUCACGGGAGUAUUUGUAAGGCCGUUUUUCGCCUUCACCGAGUCGGAGGAGGAGACAACGGAUGACUGGGCUUCGUCGCGCAUGUUGACCUCAAUAUACACGGCCAUGAUGGAUGUAAACGAAUCAGAGGCGCACACCUGGCGCUCGCAAAUGCUCCGCAUUCUGUCAACCCCUCCACCGGAUUCCACAGAGAGCGUGCUCCACCAGCGCAUGCGGGAGGUGAUCAAUGAAUUGGCAGUCGACUUCCUGAAUGGGCCUAUCCAGGCGCUUUUCCGGCCCCCCAAGGAGAAUUUGGAAAUUGUAAGACGAAACCAGGAGCUGUACAAUCUGUAUCACGAUGCGGGGGAGCUGGCUCUCUCGCUCUGGCGACAGCGCGCGUUUAUGAAAUUCCACAAUCUCCACGGACUCCAGAUUUUCCGCACGGGUAAUCCAGCCAUGGCGGCGCAUCCGCUUCAACAGCUCGAUAUGGAUGAUGAGAGACUAGAUGGGAAAAGAGUCUUGCUUGUUGUGCAGCCGGCUAUCGUCGCUUAUGGGGAUGAAGAUGCCCAGAAUUAUGAUAUGUGUAAGGUGUGGGCGGAGGGCGUCGUCUUGGUGGAUGAGCACGAGGGAGAGGAUUUCCAAUCGAUGGCAGUUCACAUGCCCUCUACCGAUCGGAUGGGAUGGGAUUAG